GCUUAUAGACCAGACAAACAUCCACUACCUCCAGCAAUAAGCCACCGAGUUUCAACAAUACACCAGACUCUUUUCGGAGACCAGGCAGCACACCUGCCUGCCCCUACUAUAACUUUUGAGCGGUGCUAUUGGAUGUCGCACUAUUCCUUCGUCGCUAUUGGCCACUCGGCACGUGGAUCACCAGCGUAGUGGGGACCCGGUUUAAUAACUACUGAAACAGGAACUUUCUUGUACCAGAGUUAAGCGAGUCGUCGUUCAGAGUGGUCGUCAGUUUAUCAGCCUGAACGAACCGGUCGAAUUUACGAGUGUUUUUUUUUUGUGAACAAUUUUGGAUUAAAGUGACUUUGUGAAGUGAAAAUGCCUAUUUCGAUUAUGGCCAAAAACUAUUCAAAUUGUCCGUUGAAAAAGCGGCCGAUUGUCUUCGAAGAAGACCACGAAGAACCAGAAAAUCUUUCAACAAAACCUGAAGAUUUAAGCAGAACUGGAAGGUUGGCUUCAGUGUCGCCACCUUCUUCACUAUCGCAAUCGUUUUCCGAUCCGCGACUAUCACCAGUUUCUUCAAUUUCCAUAAACUCAACACCGCCAGCUUCACCACCAUCAGCACCAUCUCCACCACCAAGUUAUUACCAUUCUCAACCAAUCAAAGUUGAAUCUCGUCUACCAGUUUAUCCAGCGCCAAUAAGUCCUGAAUACGCUCCACAAACCUGGCACAGAAGUGUUGCCCCAAUGUACCAUCCAGCUUAUUAUCCAGUACCAUACCCACACCACUACCACCAUGAAAGUAUGUAUAUGCCACCAACCUCACCAUACAGUGACAGUUCCCUAUCACCACCACACCACAUGCAACAACCUCUACAGCCUUUAGCCCUAAGGCCAACAGUUUAUUCUACAAUGGACCAAAACUCAUUAAGUCCUAACAGCAAUUCAACAAUUUCACCACCACCACAAGCGUCCUCCUCAUCAGUCGAAGACCUAUCCGAAAAACGUAAACAAGGCAUCAGACACCAGUGUCCUGAUUGCGGAAAAAGUUACUCAACAUUUUCUGGAUUGUCCAAGCACAGGCAGUUCCAUUGCGCAGCCGGUGACGGACCGAAAAAAUCCUUCAGCUGCAAAUAUUGUGAAAAAGUGUACGUGUCUUUGGGCGCGUUGAAAAUGCACAUCAGAACCCAUACUUUGCCAUGUAAAUGUACUAUCUGUGGCAAAGCCUUUUCCCGCCCGUGGUUGUUGCAAGGCCAUAUUCGUACACAUACAGGCGAAAAACCAUUUUCCUGCACUUAUUGUAACAGAGCCUUUGCCGACAGGUCGAAUUUGAGGGCCCAUCUUCAAACACAUUCCGACGUCAAGAAAUAUUCUUGCGCCAGUUGCAGCAAAACGUUUUCCAGGAUGUCUUUGCUGACAAAACACACUGAAGGAGGUUGUACUGGAUCCAGUCCGACUUUAAUGCAUCCAGUGGAUAAAAUGUACUAAAGUGUUUGCAAUUGUUGAAGCAAAACAUUCCUUUAUUUUGGUUCCUGUUGAUUAAUUCAGUAUUUUUUGUAUCGUUGAAUUGAGAAAAUUUUUGUUCAUCAGUAUUCACAAUUGCCUUUUGAAAAAAGACUGAAAUUUUUUUGUACAUUUUUAUAAAAAUUUUGUAUAUAAGGUUUAGUUAGUAAGUAAAUUAUAAUAAUAUAUAUUUUUUGUAAAUAUUUUGCUAAUACUGUGAACCAUAUUCCUUCAAUAUUAUUCUAAUUUUGUAAGCAAACUGUUGAUCUUUGGAAUGUCUGGUUCGCAAAACUUGUUUUCUAGUCAAAUUCGAAGUGUUCAGACACUUCUCGAGAAUGUUAUUUAUCUAUGCCAUUGUAUAGUGCCUUACUUAGUCCUUUUUUUUACUUUUAAGAAUACAGAUUUUUUUUUUUGAUUUUUAUAUUAUUUUUAAUAAAAUGUGUUAUCCAUUUUUGAA